GUUUCCAUCCACCUGCGCGUUCGAAGCCGGGCCGGAACUGUCGGAGGGGGCACCUGUGGUUCACCGGAAGGCGUUGGGAGACGCACCGGAAGGCGUUGGGAGACGGACCGGAAGGGAAAACGAGCUGAGGUGAUUCGUUGGGGGAGCUUCUCCCGCUUGACCUGAGAGCCGCUCGGCUUUGGACGGCGCUUGUGGGCGGUCGCCCGGGGGAGACGCCGCCGGCAUGUCCGCCUUCGUGGACUUCAAAACCUAUGUGGAUCAAGCAUGUAGAGCAGCGGAAGAAUUUGCAAACAUUUAUUAUGAAACCAUGGAUAAAAGAAGACGGGUAUUAACCAGACUGUACACUGAUGAUGCAACUCUAGUUUGGAAUGGGAAUGCUAUAUCUGGCCAAGAAGGCCUUGCUAAAUUCUUUGAGAUGUUACCAUCUAGUGACUUCCAAGUGAACACGUUUGAUUGCCAGCCUGUUCAUGAGCAAGCGACUCAGAAUCAGACUACUGUUCUUGUCGUGACCUGUGGGACUGUCAAAUUUGAUGGGAACAAGCCACAGUACUUCAACCAGAACUUCCUGCUAACAGAACAGACAACAAAUAACAACACAGUCUGGAAAGUCAUGAGUGAUUGUCUCCGUUUCCAAGAAAGCCUUCAUUAGUGAGAGGAGCAAAAUGUUUUCUUCUGGAUUUGGGGAUGAUCCUGUUGAGCAUGGAAAUUCACCCGUGUCUCCACACCUCUUUGUACGUUUCACAGUUAUAGCAUAUGUUGUUUUUAAUGAAAGAACUUCCUUGCUUUCAAGGUUUCAUUAGGCCGCAUCGCAGCCAAGUUUAACUCUACUGAUUACCUCUUUAAGUGACAGUGGAAUCGUUUUUAUAAGCCUUCUGUGCACUUUCCAACUUUAACAGAUUUCAGAUUUAACACAUUACGGACCCUCCUCCUCCUUGAAUAUUUUGGGAGAAAUGCUAUUAGGCACAAGUUUUGUUUACUUCGAUGAGAAUUAAAAUGAUGGUGGAAGGAUAAA